CGCGACACGAAAGCAUCAACAUAAGUGUGCAGUGAAAUAAAAUAAGAGAGUAGAAUUCCAAUAUCAUAUUCUAACAUAAUGAGUUCACUUAUUUUCAUGAAAUUAAUAAUCUGUCAACACUAUCACUAAGAAGAUAUGUAUAAAGUGCAAGUUUUUUUUUUAAUAACUAAGAUCAUUUUUUGUUCAAAUAUAAACCUUCAAAAUUCAGAGCAUACUGUCCGAUGGAAGCUAAAUUAAUCAACGCAAUUACUCAUUAGAAGGGUGCAACUAAAAUCAGCAGCAAGUUACAAGCGUUAAAAAUGAAAUUAAUUUUCGACGUAACACAUAAUAAUUCUCUUUCACUCUUUAACUCUCGCUAGCACUUAUUAUCUGACUUCUUAUGUGCAAAUGAAAAUGAAAAUGAGAUUCUAGAGCAGAUAAAAUUCUCGUUAGCAUGUCUAUUAAAACUGCAGCGAAUGUCGAAUGCGACGGACGUGCGAUGGAUACAAGAAUGUUGGAAACGAUAUGUACAUCACGUCAAAACGUAUAGAUAUCCUUAUUUUCCAUCGUACCUCUUUAAUCAAAUUACAAAUACGAAUUAAUCGAAGAGCAAAAUAUACAGUACUUUUAAAAUCGAUAAUUAGAAGAACACAACUAUUUAUAACGAUCGACGUAAUAUAUUUUUUAAAGUAAUAAAUUCAAAUCAUGUGACAAAUUGAUCGAUAAUUCAUGUAAAGAUAACAUAAAAAGUAUACAAAGAAAGUGGUGAAUACAUAAUAUGAAAACUUUAAAUCAACAUAGUUUAUGUUAGAAAGAAAGCAUCAUAAUGACAAAUAUCUUCAAUGAAAGUGGAAAUAAUAAUCAUCUUUGUGUACUUUUGGAGGAUUUGGAGAUGUUAGAAGACCCAAGAACAGCAUCAUUGAGACAAGUUAGUUAUGGAAUAGUUCUGCCUACUAUCUGUUGUUUAGGAAUUAUUGGAAAUAUUUUCAAUCUUAUCGUUCUGACAAGAAAAAAUAUGAGAGGAACGGCAUAUAUUUAUAUGCGAGGAUACUCAGCAGCGGCAUUACUGGCAAUACUUUUCUGUGUUCCUUUUGCCUCACGGGUACUUAAUCACAAAGAAACAGGGAGAUGGAAUAACUGGCCUCAAGCGUUUUAUCAUGCCCAUUUGGAACUUUUUUUAGGAAACGGAUGCUUAG